AUUUCAAAAUUUCCCGGGGGAGGAUACCCCCUGACCCCCCUACAAAUGCGAGGUCUUAGGCAUCAGUCACCUCAGAAACUGGAUCCGCCCCUGAAUAAAAGCCAAUUAAAAAUCACGAAUAUUUCCGCGACAUUGUUUCUUACGUUUGGCCAAGGCUUUAAGUUUAGCGAAAUAUUUCAUUUGUUCCUUGAUCGUGUGAAUUGUAUGUAUAUAUAUUUUUUAUUUCUUCGUCCUAGCUGUUUUAUACAGGUGGGUUUUUUACCUCACACAAAUUUGUAUUGAAUUAGGAUGUUAAUAUAAAGUAGAAUUAAACGUUAAAAUGGUAUUUUGAAACAAUAGCCAAUGAAUUGAAGUGAUUUAGCAUAUGAGCAAGCAAAAUAUACAAUGUGUUUUUAACAAUAUUUAAUGUGGGUGUAUUUAUAUACAAGGUUUAUCAGUAUUCCGUGAUUUUAUUUUGUUGUUUUUGCGGAGGAAAUCGGGGAAACCCCCCAGUGAGAAUCUAUUUUUAUAGUCUGCGAGUGCGCAGUGCGAGUUUGGCUUAGUUGCGCAUGCGUAUUUGCUACCAAAAUAAUGGCGGUUCGAGCAUUUCGAAGCGCGAAAAUAUCAAACUUUGGAGGGAUUUUUCUCCCAAUUGUGUAUCUGUUUCGCUUGGGGAGCAACGGAUUCUGAUAAAGUAAGUUUUUAUCUAUUUAUUCAUGUGAAAAUUACGUAGUUACACGAGGGGUGCAACGGAAUUGCAUCUUUUGGAUGCUCAUCCUACGGCCUAAUAUAAUUGUCGAUUUGCAAGUGCUCUUACAAAGUAUGCUGCUGGCGUAGAAGAGGGAGGGCUCAUAAACAAAAAUGCGCGGACUUCUAUGAACGAGCAACUACCCCUCAAGGAGCCAAUGUACUCUUCAGGAAGGGUCGCGCGACUCCCUCGAGGAGUCAUUUUAGCCCAUCGUGGGGUCAAAACGCCCCUCUUAUAUAAAACGACCCUUCCGAGGAGUCAAAACUACCCUUCAACACAAGAGACCGAAAUGACCCCAAGGGGUCAAAACUUACUAUGCUACUACGCUUACUAUGCUACUACGCUUACUAUGCUACUACGCUUACUAUGCUACUACGCUUACUAUGCUACUACGCUUACUAUGCUACUACGCUCACUAUGCUACUACGCUUACUAUGCUACUACGCUUACUACGCUACUACGCUUACUAUGCUACUACGCUUACUAUGCUACUACGCUUACUAGGCUACUACGCUUACUAUGCUACUACGCCGCUUACUAUGCUACUACGCUUACUAUGCUACUACGCUUACUAUGCUACUACGCUUACUAUGCUACUACGCUUACUAUGCUACUGGCUACGCUUACUAUGCUACUACGCUUACUAUGCUACUACGCUUACUAUGCUACUACGCUUACUAUGCUACUACGCUUACUAUGCUAAUACGCUUACUAUGCUACUACGCUCACUAUGCUUACUAUGCUACUACGCUUACUACAGUAUGCUACUACGCUUACUAUUCUUAUUAUGCUACUAUGCUUACGACGCUACUACCUUAAUUAAUUUUAAUAACCUUACCACCUGAAUACACUUACUAACGCUACUAAAUUACUACGACCCGACAACCUUACGCUGGCUACUAUACCUUACUACAUUUCUACUUUACUACGCCACUGUCCUAGAUUUAUAGUCAAGAAACACUAGAACUUUUAAGUAUGAAUAAUAUUGCGUUUCGUUCUUAUAACAUGCAUGGAGGUAGUUCAAAAUUAUAUAAAUGUGUCUCUGUUGAAAUGUUAUGUAUUAUGAUACAUUGCUACCACGCCAUAAUUACUGCUUAAUUAAAAAUUACUGGCUAAAAUGAAAAAUUGCAAGAAUUACCCGCAUGCGUCACUUGCCAGUCAGGAUAAACAAACAAACAAGAUAAUUAGAUAAACCUGGGGCGCCAACACAAGUGGGAUUUAUAAGAACUUAAUUUAAUAUAGUUGAUGAAAUGAUAAAUGUGGAAUGUUUAUAAUUGAAAGAACACACUGACAAUAAACACACACAGACAGCUAUGUCGACCGAAAUAGACCGCAACAGAUGACAACUCAAGAGGGGUAUGACAGACAUGAUACCUGCCAAGAAGAAAUCAUGAACACUAUAUGUCUGUUGAGUACAAAAUUUAGCAAGCAUUCACUUUACCGAGUACGAAGAACAUGUGUCAAGGCAGGCGUGCAGGCGUUGGGGAUAAUAGAAACAAAAAAUACUAAUAAUUAAUGAAGUCCCGUUCUACUACGCGUACUGCGCGUAGUAAGAUUUUUUUUACGAAAUGCCGCCCAUAUUUCUCGCCGGGUAUAAAACCCGUACCUUCGUACCCAUGCGUCGACAAUUAUAGCUUCAAAUUCUGCUCUAGAAAGAUGUGAAAUGUCACAUUCACUAUUGGUGAUAAAAAUCAAACGUUCUUUACCUUCGAAGUACCCGAAUUAGCAGUUGACUCAGCCCUUACCCGCAUGCGAAAGUAACCGGAUGUUAUAUUACUAUGCUAUAAAUUAACAGUAUGUGUGACAUAUCUAGCGUAAAACAUUUGCGAUACCUAUCUUUAUUGACGGACUAUAACCUCUCAAAUAACCUACUAGUGCUCUGCCAAAAUUUGUAGAAACAAACAACGUAUAAAACAUUUGUGAUUAAGAAUGCAAUAUGACAUAACAAAAUAUAUUCAUAUUCUGUUAAUUAUUAACUUUGAGAAUUUUAAUGAAACUUAAUUGUUCUAUAAUGUCAUUAGAUGUUCUGUGAACGAAAUGGAGCUCAAAUACUUCGUUCGCAGAGCAUUCUAUUCCCUGUACUUUUGAGAUGUACAAUGAUGUUAUGGCAUAUGGGGCCCAGACAAUCACUUUCAGAAGUUGUUGGGACACAUGUAGUUUUAGCUUGUAAGUCGAUCAUUAUAGUUUUUUACACACAAUAGUGUGUUUUCACGCGAACCGCUGUGACGUCACCAGAAGUUAGCGUCCGCCAUGUUGGUGGAGUAAAACGCGUCACGUGCGAGGAAUUUACUAGUGUUUACUACAGCUGUGCCAAAUGUGUUCGAAAUAUUCCUCAAUAUGCCGGCUUUUUGUGUAGUUUUAAACAGUUCAAAUGACAAAUCUAAAACGUAAAGAUCUUUCUUUCUGCCGGGUGCCGAAAUUUAUUAAAAAUCAAGGCGAGGAAAUGGAGAUUUUGUGAACCAAACGCAGUCGAAGAAUCGACGAAGAUGGCUGUCGGCCAUAUUAAAUUGGAGUCGCCGGAGAAUACAGAAGAAAUGGUCAAAGAGAAGUUACAGAGA